AUGGAAAUAAACGAAAACAAAAAGAAUUUAGCGAAACGUGGCGAGAUUUUGGUGGUAAACGGCCUGUCGAAAAGUUCCGACGGAACGAUCAACUCGUCCUUGGAACAUAAAGAUGAUCCAUACAUCGGAAACUAUCGGAAUGGAGAUGAAGAAUUAUCGUUGGAGAGAGGGGAAUCAUCUAGUUUUCAUCCAUCUGACGAGUACGGUGCAAUGAGUAUGGGAGACUACGACGACGAUAGUGACGAUGCAACUUUACCGAAAAAAGAGUCGACACGGCAGAAGUUUCGCCGUUUUCGACACAAGGAAUACCAAUGUGAUGAAUGCGAUCGCAUGUUCACACUCAAACACAAUCUCCAAAACCAUUUUGUCCAGUACCAUAUGGGAUGUAAAACGUUGCACAAGUCAUGUCCUUCUUGUAAGUGCACUAUAUGCGGAAAAAUUUACUCCGCAGCAUCUGUUCUUGCUGAACAUAUGAUGAGUGAACAUGGUAAACAUAUGGAUCACUUUGAGUGCUCGCAAUGUCAUGAACAAUUUCUGACUCAAGCUGGUCUUCAGAAGCAUAUGAAACUGCACCUUCAAUCGAAAAAAUCGUGCCCCUACGAGGAAUGUUUUGGUUUGAAGUUCAAAAACAGCCGAGAGCUCCACGAGCACGUGCGCCACGAGCAUAAACUUAAAGAGCUGUCGUGCUCUGUGUGCAGUGCGGUGUUCCGACAGCUGUCGGCCAGGAUUAAGCAUGAGGAGGGGCAUGAGAAAGAUCUAGCAGACGGAGGGCAAAGUCGGUGCAGAACACGAGAGAGAAGAGCUAAGUGCGAUGAAGAUCUCGUGAAGCGAGAACUAGAUUCUCCAUCACCACCACCACUCAAAUGUCGAAAGGUUUACAGUCCUCAAUUCGAGGCAGUGCCUAUCAGAAAGAAGACGACAAAACGACUGACAAAAGCCGAGAUUUUGGCGAAAAUCAAGUAA